GACAAACGUACAGAAUUGUCACUGAGAGCUCUAGUCGCCAACGCCGCCCACCAUCAAGAAGUGCUUCCUCCGAACUGGACCGAGAAUUCGCCUCGCAUAGACCUCGUUUUGCUUGAUAUACUACGCACACAGCCUUUUCCGGUGCGACUUCGGUACUCUCACUCAGCUUCUGGUGCGGAUGCUCCCCAGGUUCCACGACCCAGCCAGACGCUUCCGAGUUGGUAUGACGAUAUGUCACCCUGCAUGAUGAAUGGCCUGGGCGGAGGUAAUGAAUAUGCCGGGUCGCGCGCAAGAGCCCCGCUUCUGGCAAGAAGUCACAAUUUUACCUUGGAGGUUUCGCUAUCAACGGGAGCUUUCAGAAUCGACACCGAUGUGGUGCAGUUCUGACGUGCAUGCUCAGAUCUUUCUGACCACAGAUGGGCGGACAUUUUCAAGAUAGAGCAGCAGCAUACCAGAUAGGCGGUGAGAAUUUGACUAUGGGAAUCCGAAGCCUUUCCCCGACGUGAUAUCGGUCCUCUCGUAAUCAUACCGAACUCUAUUCAGCGCGCGUCUCCAGUUUCCCCAGGACCCUUGAGAGUACCUCCUAGCAAUCUGACUAUGCUUGACUCCGCCUUCAGGAUAUGGCUCGAAUAAUGAGCACACAGAAGGUAAACAAGCUGAUCCCUUCGACGCUCACUGCCCGUUGUUGCGCCCAUUGGCGUCGCCCUGUGGGAUAAGAAGCUGUCAAGGCCGCUCUAAGACGCCCUAACGUCAUGUAUGGCUGCCGGCUCGCAAGGCACACCUCGCGGUCCGAAGAUCAAGAAGUCGCAGUAGUCAUGCACACACCCAUAAAGACGCGACAGCGUCCCUCCGCCUGGGCAGGUGUCAUCCUAGGUCCACCCACUCUCCGAGCUCCCCUGCCUCCCAACGGCUCCGGUCCACAGCACGUAGCCCUCCAUGUCUGACCCACUGUCGCUGUUCCAAAAUGCGUUUUACAUCGGGAACAACUUCAAUGCCAUACUUUACGGCGUGGAGCUCGUGCUGUACUUCAUGACCAUCCGGAUUAUGCUUAGUAGGAAGCGGAAGCAUGUCCCCACGGACAAAUACUUCCUCCUCUUCAGCACCGUCCUCCUCCUCCUCAACACCGUCUUCGUCGCCACGGAGGCCGUCUUCGGGCAGGAGAUGUGGAUCGUUAAUGCGAACUACCCUGGAGGCAUGGACGCGUACCUCGGCGAUUUCGCCUCCGUAUGGUACCAGACAUUUGGCACCGCGGCGUCCAUCGUCCUUAACCUCUGCAGCGACGGCCUUCUCAUCUACCGCUGCUACGUCGUGUGGAACGACCUCCGCAUUAUUGCAGGUCCUGUCAUCAUCUACCUCGCGAGCUUCUCGCUCGGGAUCGCGCAGCUGUACGAGUCCGGGCGGCCGCACGCAAACUACUUUGCAGGGCUCGCGCAGAAGCUUGGCAUCGGCUACACGUCAUGCAUCAUCUCCCUCGAGAUCAUCCUGACCGCCCUCAUCUGCUCGCGCAUCUACUUCGUGGGCAGGCGCUAUGGCCACGCGAUGGGCGAGGAGGUCGGGCGGGCGUACACGAGCGCGGCGGCGAUCAUCGUCGAGAGUAUGCUGCUCUCGACGCUGACGGGCAUCGCGUACCUCAUCUCGUUCGCGCGCAACUCUGAUAUCGACAUUUUCUUCCUCUCGAUCUACGUGAUGAUGACGUGCAUCGCGCCACAGUUGGUCGUCCUCCGGGUCGUGGCGGGACGUGCGUGGACCAGGGAAAAGUCGACGAUGAUCCAGUCUAAGCUCGAGUUCACAGACGCUUCGAGGACGCAGUUUGGCGGGUCCUCGGCUGCAAAUGAGAAGUCUGACGGGCUGACGGCCAGCGGCUCUGUUUCGUCAUCUGAGCAUAUACCGAUAGGUGAUGUUUAGGUUCAUUCCGUUGAUUACCUGACUGGGCUCCUGAUGUUUUUGUUACGAGCAUCGCAUUUCCCAGUGUCUGUGAGUGUUUGUUGUACUGUAAAAUGAUACGUUUUGCUACUAUACCAUCAAGUUAGG